AUGACUGACGCACAACAAGAGGCCCGCUCCUACCUGAGCGAGGAGAUGUUGGCCGAGUUCAAAGCGGCGUUUGACAUGUUUGACACUGACGGUGGCGGUGACAUCAGCACCAAGGAGCUGGGAACCGUCAUGAGGAUGUUGGGUCAGAACCCGACCAGAGAGGAGCUGGACGAGAUCAUAGAGGAGGUGGAUGAGGACGGCAGUGGAACCAUCGACUUUGAGGAGUUCUUGGUGAUGAUGGUGCGACUGCUGAAGGAGGACCAGGCCGGCAAGAGCGAGGAGGAGCUGGCAGAGUGUUUCCGCGUGUUCGACAAAAACGCAGACGGAUACAUCGACAGAGAGGAGUUCGCUCUGAUCAUCCGCAGCACUGGAGAGAGCAUCACUGAAGACGAGAUCGAUGAACUGAUGAAGGACGGAGACAAAAACUCUGACGGCAUGCUGGACUUUGAUGAAUUCCUCAAGAUGAUGGAGAAUGUGCAGUAA